AUGAGCUCCAAUGCCGUAUUUGAAAUUCCUACAUGUUCAUACAAAGAAAUCGAAGAUGGUUAUGGAACAAUUAUUGAUACCAUAUCGGCGAAGAAACGUGAAGGUCUAACAAUUCCAUUCUAUAGUAAUAUUGUUGAAGGAAAAAAUUUCGACUUCCAAUGUCGUCCUCCAGUAACGUGCCGUUCAGCAGAGAUUCAUGUAAAACCACACAAAGAAACGCUUUGGUUAGAGAGACAUAUGCAUUUGACGCAGUUAUUUAUUGGUCUUGGUGCUAAAGAAUCGUUUCUCAUGGUUUUGGGCAAGCCGACGCAUCAGCGAAUAGAUCUGAAUGAAGAACAGCGAGCCCUUCCAGAUUUGAGUAACGUUAAAGCGUUUAUUAUACCGCCGGGUUGUGGUGUAAUUCUUAAUUUGGGUACAUGGCACGACUUUCCAGCUAGCCUUGGUGAUCCUGUGACUGUGUUAACGUUCAAUAGCGCGGAAGUGGUGGAAGCUUUAGCUGCUAUGCCUGCUCCUGGUGAAAUGUUAGGACAAGGUGAUGUCUACAAGAUUCACCUGGAAACACGUCUUGGUCAGAAAAUUACGUACAACUUCGAAAUUACAACAACGGCAACGGUAGAUGAAGAGAAAAGGGAUGAGAAUUUUGUAUGUGUGUAA